UUGCAACAAGCUGCGGCAUGCAACAAGAUCCCCGCCAUGGACACCACGUACAAGCCAGCUCUUAACGCGGAGUUCUGCAAAGCACUUGCCACAUUGCGUCGUGACCCAUACGGACGCUUGCCCCAGAAACAGGCAGAGGCAGUAAUCGCCUUCUUGGCAGCCUCUCAACCUGCUGAGGAGCGCUUGGGGUGGAGCUUCACUCCAGAGCUGGACUCUUUUACAAAGUUGCUGCCGUACAUCAUUUGCGCCUUCAACGCUAUCGACAGGGACUGCGAUGAAGUGGUCUCCAACCAGGAGUUUGAUGCCUGGAUGAAAGACCCAAAGCUUGAGCAGAGAACAGAGGACACGCAGUGGGCCUUCAUUGACUUGAAGAGUGUGGAGGCGAGUCUGCCUGCCCUGUGUGUUCGUGGACUUGCAGGGCCCAAUGGUUUGGUUGGUGUCAUGGAACACAUCAAGCACAUCCACUUUCAGGGUGGUGUUCGUUCCAUGACCCUUCAAGACUGCGUCGUAGCAGCAAUGAAGGUUUUCACUGAGCUCCGUAUGAGGAUUGGCACCUGAAUGUCAAGGCGUAGGACUUGGUCAGUGAUCCCGAGGCAGCAAAGCAUAGUAAAGAUAGGACACAAUGCUCAAUGGAUCCAAGGGGCCAAUCUUCGUGACAUUUUGUGACAAAAAGACUUUCAAAGAAAUACACCAGAUAUCACAUGAUAUCACCACGUUCGAAGUUCGCUGUCAUCGCUGGAUGCUGUUGCACUGUUCCAGCGAAGCUGCAACAGACGUUGAACUUGAUCCACGCCCCACACAUCUACAUGUCCCGGAAUCUUAGACCUCCACAGUAACGUUU